AUGGGACCCGCACAAAAGUAUUCGUGGAAGUGUGUUGAGUGCAAAAGCUCCGAACCUAGGUUAGACAAUACUAAUACACCGGUGCGCGGCGACAACGCCAAUGUUACUGUGCACAGGGGGGCCACCUGCCCCCGUGAAGCUGGGGCCUGCAUGCUCGACAGCUCGGUCAUGGACAUGUCCUAUACUGACAGUCAAGGUUUAAACGACACCACCAGGUAUGGAGCUUUGUUGGACACUACCGGUGGCAGCGAUAUUCAGCAGUUGGUGACAGAAUUUCGUCUUUUUCGUCAAGAAAUGCGUGCAAUGAGUUACGAAAUCCAGGCCCUUCGUACGACUAUGACAAACCUGACUACAAAGAUCGAUAAAUGUGAUGGGCGAAUCGAUAAUUUAUGUGCUCGCGUAGAAAAGCUUGAAAACGACACCUCAAAUAGUAAUGAAAGUCAUAACACGGACAAGUCACUUCUGGACACCAUUGUCCAAUUGAGAACGGACAUAAAUAAUAGAGAUCAGGAUCUGUUGUUAAACGAUUUAGAAAUAUCUAGCGUACCUGAACAAAACGGAGAGAAUACGGUGCACAUAGUCACUACUCUCGGCCAGAAACUUGGGGUCACUCUCUCGGAGCACGACAUCGUCGACGCGACACGCGUGGGUCGUGCCGCGCAGCUGAACGAGGGUGUCCAGGGUGCGCCGUCCCGCCCGCGGCCACUGGUGGUGCGGCUGGCGCGCCGCGCCGUGCGCGACCAGCUGCUGCAGGCGGCACGGGUACGUCGCGGAGUCACUACGGAGGGCACCGGCCUGCCUGGUCAUAACUGCCGCUUUUAUGUCAACGAGCGGCUGACUCACUUCAACCGAAGACUAUUCCAGAAGGCAAGGCAGCUCAAGGAACACUACGGCUGGCGAUAUGUAUGGACUCGCGAUGGUAGGAUUUACGUGCGUCAACGUCCUGGCUCGGAAUCUCCGCGACAUCGCAUACAAACAGAGCUGGAUUUGAGCCGUGUUUUUGGUACACUCGAUAUUUGAUCUCAUGUAUAAAAGCUUUGAUUUAUCAUUAGACUUUUUAGCACUCGUUGAAACACUAUAUAGGCA